AUGUCGCAGCUGGUGGAAAAUACUGAGACAGCACGGGCGGCGCAAGGCAUCCUGCCCCGUCUGCUGCCUGGGCAGCUGCGAGAGGCGAUGCUGCAGUGGAGGGACAGGAGCAAUGGAGAGAAGGGAUGGCCUUCACCUCCCAGCGUCACCAGUGGUGUGGUGCCGAAUGACCCGGGCAUCAGAGGCUCUCCAGCUGAUGGGGACCGCUGGGGACCCGUUGGGCGCCUUCCAGGUAGCAGGUUCCUCAUCUGCAGGGUGGCAGUCUUGAUACCUAGAAACUCCCUAAGGGAAGCAUUAGAGAUUAAGCAACCGGUGUUCAGAUCAGGCAAUAAAGGCAGAACUCAUCUUCUGGCUGAAGGUCUGCUUUACAGUCAUGCUCUGAGGCUUGUUGUCUGUCUUCAAAAUGGCAUAAUCUGUAACAAAUGUACCAUCAGUGAAAAUGAAAAGGAAAUCAAUGCCAUUAAAGAGAAUAAUGACAAACUCACCCCCUGCAAGAUUGUGAGCAGAGUGUACAGGGAAGGGCACAAUGUUUGGAAACCACUUGGGCUUUCAGAAGUGAGAAGGCUGCAGUGUGACUCUAUAUUCUCUGCAAGAGCCUCAUUCCUCUGCACUGCGUUGCUCAGUGAGCUAUAUUGACUACGCUGCUCUUCCUGAGCGUGAAUUUUACCGAGGAAAGAAACAGCAGGGAGAGAGGGCAGCAUGUACAUCCAGCACAAUGCCUUUCUUCUAACUAGUGGGGCAGCCAUGCAGCAUUUAGAGUUGCUGACUAUAAAGGAUGAAACAAAUCCUAUUUGCAUACUACUCUCAGGAAGGGUUUUUCAUUAGAAAGGUUCAUCCUCUUUGUACUGUAGCAGUCACUACCUCUGAAACAACCCUGCUGGGCUGAUGGGAAGCAAUUUAGAUGGGCUCAAAAAUGGUUCAGUAAGAUGAAAAUUUUCAGUGGAUAAUUACUAGGCCAAUAUUUCAUAGGUCUGCCUGCUUGCUAAUUAACAUAGCUUGACUAGAUCUGCCUGGAGCCAGAGUAGAGCCCAUUAAGGAGUGAGCUACCAAAUUACGUAGUAAAUACUGCGAGGUAACUUCGUCCAAAGACAGGCUGCCUAUGUGUGAUAUGUCUUGGAGGUGCUGUAUUUUGGGUGGAUGAAAGGAAAGCUAAGCUAAGCUGAAAAGGAGAAAGGUGCAGCAGGUGGCUGUGAGUAUGAUCUGGGAGCUGAUCGCCUGUCAUGGAGGAGAACAACAUCAGGGCAGACAGUGAUGGGUGCGGGCUGUAAUCUGAGGUUAAACGUGGGGAAGAGCGCCUAGAGCAAAUGAUGGUACUGGCACAGAAGCAGAAAGUGGUAGGUUUUGGCACAGUUCAUAACCAUUACAGUAACGAAGCUCCACAGCAGGGUCCUGGCCAGCUGCAUGCGCUUGCGGAGUCAGGACAUCUGUGGUCCCCAAAGGAAAGAAGAGCAUAUUAAGGGCUGUUGUAUGCAAAGUGUGUGUGUUCGUGUGAGACAGAGAGAGCGAAAAAGGGCUUAGUCUGUCUUGCUGUGAAGGAAAAUUGCUGUUGGCCUCCCUGUUGAAAGCACAGAGUCUGCAACUGUCAGUGCAAUAAUUUCAUUAGAGCACAUUCAGGUACCUGGUGGUGAUGCUCCUGAUGUACAGAGGUUGCACACCUUGCAAGGGAAUUUGUUGAGACUUUCCUACUAAGCGCUGCAUCCUGUAUCCUCAGCACAUUUCAUACAUCGUGGCUGGUUUCCCCUGGGACAAAAUAUUUCUGUUUCAGCUGCAUUACCCAAGACAUACACCUGCUCCUUUAUGUAAUCAGCACCAUCUCUACAGAAGAGUAAAUAGCUACACAUUUACCUGACACGGCAGAUGUUAAACAUGCUUGUAAAAUGGCAAGUAACGAUUGAGAAUUAGCUUUGAAAUUCCUCCAUAAAUG